GAGUGAUAAGAGAUACAUAGCAGUCUGAUAUCUAGACCAGAGUUCCUCAGUCUAAACUUAUACAGCUAUGGAGUUAAUCAUUGUCUUUCUCGCUAUUGGAUUCGUCAGUGCUCAGCACGGCCAUGGAGGUGGGCAUAAUAACUACCAACCCGACUCUCAGACUCACAUAGACUCCGAGAUACAGGGACUGGACGCCCACUUCGGCAGACACCAGUGUCUAGAUCUCCUGUUAGUAGACUGCCAGUAUCAUACUACUAAUGGCGACGAAAUGGUGUGCGGAAGUGACGGGGUUACCUACUCUAAUCAUUGUAAGUAUGUGCACGCCGCCUGUAUGUACGAGAAUCUGAGUGUUGCCCAUACCGGUCCAUGUACGUCAACCACCGCGGGCGCCACCACUCCCGCCGGAACGGCAGCCACCACAGUACCAGUAGUCGGGAGCUCAGGCGCCGUCACUCAAUCCACAAUGCCACCGACGACCACUCAGAGCCCGGAGGCCAUCGCCUUCCAGAACAUUUUCUGUAAAAAUAAGGACUCCAUUAACUGCCCUACCGUGGUGACUCCACUAUGUGGUUCUGAUGGCGUUGUCUACAAUAGCAGCUGUCACGUGUCUAAGGCCCGCUGUGAUAACCCCUCUCUACAGACUGUGGACGGCAGUAAAUGUGGACUCACCACUCCCGUGUCUGUGGCCCCUGUUGUCGGAUAGACUCAAUAAACUCACAAUUAUACUCCAGAGUGGACUCAAUGAUAAAGAUUUAUACUCAAAGACA